AUGGACGAGAAUCCCGAUUACGACUACGAGAUGGAGCCGCAGGCGACCACCGCCGUCUUCCAAGCGACCAUAGAGGAGGCCAUGGACGAGCGUAGUAGUGAGGGGAUGUCCAUGUCAGAUUCCGGCUCGCGCUUUGAAGCGCUUGAGAAGGCAGCCAUCGACGUGGAUUUCAACGAUGCUCUCACCCCACAACAGCCGGCCAUUCCUCUUACCAACCUUAUCAACGAGGCCUCUCAGUUCAAGAAAGAUGAUACCAUCGACAGCAUCCCCACACCUUCAGCACUCCAAACGCCCACCGCCCAGCAUCUUGGUGACGAUACCGCAACAGUUCAUGCGUCUCAUACCGUAGAAAAUGGUGCAGCUGCUUCGGAGGCCGCGAUUCAGGAUGCAACCAACCGUGUCGGCGUCGAACACGAUGGCGCUCGACUAGGGGCAAUGCCGGAUUCCAAUGCAAAAGAGCACGAGCAGGUGGACGAGCUGCACCUAGAAGAGCACCUCGCUGCACCGCCAAACGGCGCAAGCGAUGCUUCCGCUUUGGAAGAAAGCGAUCAGCUCGAAGAGGACAAUGAAGACAACGUCGACGUCAAUGCGGAACAAGGUGGACUUGCGCAGAAGGGCUACACAUACUUGGCGCCAGAGGAAGGACCGGAUACUGCGAUACGUGUCAGCUUUCACGGUCAAGAUUUUGUCAUGUGGUCACCAUCGGAUAUUCCUGCCUUCUUGAUCAUGUCCGAUACCGUCGAGGAGAACGACCCGGGCCACGAGGCGGGCGACUUUGUGCAGGUAGAGGCACCGGCGCUACAGGUCGCCAAGGAUGUGCUUUGGCAGCCUCUCGACAGCCUGUUCACCGGGCUCAGGGACAAGAGCGCCCUUGGCGAGUUCCUCGAUGAGUCGCACGAGCUGCACAUCGCAUUUCCGGACCUCGAUCUCGAUGUAGCGGAAGACAAUCUCUACUGCCGCGAGAUCACCCUGGACGAUCUUUUGCAGCUUCAUCGCGGACUCGGCCUCGAAACGAGUCUGCAUAUUCAGGUCUCGGAGCGUCCACGCUUCAUCACAAAGUACAACGAACUCGCCCAGCACGUCGCGAGUAUUCUCGGCAAUCAGCUGCAGCAUAGCAGUGACGACGAAGAGGAGGCCGCAAACUCGGGUGAUCGGGUGAGGGACGCAGAUGCUCUCGUCGAGCCUUUGCUUGAGGCUGAGGGCGUUCAAACUCAAGAUGAAGGGGUGGACGGAGGCGACGGAGAUCAAGUCGAACCUUCGACCAUUGUUGUUGGUAUUGCAUCAGCAAAGCCGGACGUCGAAGCAUCUCCACAUGAAGCGUCAGGAGUGAAGCAAGGACAGGAGUAUUUGCAGAGAGCAUAUGACAGUCCCGACGCUCAGCAACAAGAAAACGAGAAAGAGCUUCAGACGGAAGGAGAGGAGCUCGGGCAGGGACAGGAGCUGGAGCACGACGAAGGGGUCGUCGGGAGCGCAGGAGACUUUGUUCCUGGAGAUGAGGAAGAGCACGAGAAAGUCACUCUCGAUACAGAAGAGGCGAGAGGGGAAUCUGAAGGAUCCUUAGAUGGUGAGGUAGAACCUGACGCAGCUCAAGCGGAAGAAGCAGAGGGAGAGGAGCGUCAAGACUUCGAGCAAGUCGAAGAAAACGAGGAAGACGAUGUAGAAGCUGAGGACGAGGAUGAGGACCGAGAACAGGCUGUUGAAGAGGUGGAAGCAGAAGAGGAGGAAGAGGGACAGGGACGCGAGGACGAGGAGGAGUAUGCUGAGGAGGAAGAAGAGGAAUACGCUGAUGAGGCAGAGGAAGAUGGCCAAGACGCCGAACAGACUUUCUACACCACCGUCAACAGUGGAUCCGAAGCCGAAGAGGACGAGUUGGAAGACCCUGAGCAAGGCGAUGCGCACGAUGCAGCGUACGUGCAAGCUGCAGAGGAUCACGGUUCCACAUACGCAUACGAACAAGCCGGAGACGAGCUCGAAUGGCAAGGUACGUAUGGAGACCCAUCGUUCUUGGCAUCGAGGGUUUUGCAAAGCACGUCUGCUGACCAAUCGAUGCUUUCUGUUCCGUUUGCCGUAUCUACAGAAGACGAAGCGGAAGAGCAGAUCGUCGAGUACACUGAAGAGCCGCAAGAGAGCAACGUCGAUGCUGGCUCCCCUUCUUCGACGGCGUCGACGUCGUAUCAGACAGGUGCACUUCGCAAGCGCGGUCUGGACGAUGAGGACGAGGACGCUGCCUACGAGCAGGACGACUACGAAACGGAAAGCAAACGUGUCAAGGUGCUUUGA